AUGAGGACCCUCGAUCGACCCGCCGCGGGUCCACGUUGGCCAGCCGCCGUCCUGGCAGGUUGCCUGUUGGCCUUGCACUUUACGAUCCCUGCAGCCGACGCCGCCGAAUCCAGCCUGAUGAGCCACGUCGAGAAGCAGCGCUACGAUGGAUGGUACAACAACCUCGCCCAUCCGGACUGGGGAGCUGUCGAUAACCAUCUAACGAGAAAAGCUCCCUCAGCGUACUCAGACGGCGUGUACGUGUUGGCCGGUGCAAAUAGGCCAUCACCUCGCAAGCUUAGCAGACUUUUCAUGCGCGGCACCGACGGUCUACCAUCGAUGGAAAACCGUACUGCUCUGCUCGCCUUCUUCGGCCAGGUGGUAACGAACGAGAUCGUCAUGGCAUCCGAAUCAGGCUGCCCGAUCGAGAUGCAUCGCAUCGAGAUUGAGAAGUGUGACGAAAUGUAUGAUCGCGAGUGCCGUGGUGAUCGAUACAUACCGUUCCAUCGAGCUGCGUAUGAUCGCAACACUGGCCAGAGCCCGAAUGCACCGCGUGAGCAGAUCAAUCAGAUGACAGCCUGGAUAGAUGGUAGCUUCAUCUACAGUACGUCGGAAGCUUGGUUGAACGCGAUGCGAUCAUUCCAGGAUGGAGCGUUGCUGACGGACAAGCAGGGCACGAUGCCGGUGAAGAACACCUUGCGCGUGCCGUUGUUUAACAAUCCUGUUCCACAUGUCAUGCGUAUGCUGAGCCCGGAACGGCUGUACUUGCUGGGCGAUCCAAGAACGAAUCAAAACCCGGCUCUGCUCUCAUUCGCCAUUCUGUUUCUGCGUUGGCAUAAUGUGGUGGCGAAGCGAGUCCGCCGUCAGCAUCGAGAUUGGAGCGAUGAGGAGAUUUUCCAGCGAGCCCGACGUGUGGUGAUCGCCAGUUUGCAGAAUGUGGUCGCGUACGAGUACCUGCCGGCGUUCCUGGACAAGGAACUGACCCCGUACGAUGGUUACAAAGCGGACACUCAUCCGGGUGUAAGUCACAUGUUCCAGGCGGCGGCUUUCCGAUUUGGUCAUUCGCUUAUACCGCCCGGAUUGUUCCGUCGCGAUGGUCAAUGUAACUUCCGGCGUACAAACAUGGACUUCCCGGCUUUGCGGCUCUGUUCCACAUGGUGGAAUUCAAAUGAUGUGUUGGAUAACACACCGGUUGAAGAGUUCAUCAUGGGUAUGGCGUCACAGAUUGCCGAAAAAGAGGAUCCACUGCUAUGCUCGGACGUGCGUGAUAAACUGUUUGGUCCAAUGGAAUUUACACGGCGUGAUCUUGGUGCGUUGAACAUAAUGCGCGGUCGGGACAAUGGACUACCGGACUAUAACACGGCUCGGGCAGCCUAUCGGUUACCCAGGAAGAAGAAUUGGCGAGAAAUCAACCCACAAGUGUUUGAACGCCAGCCAGAACUGUUGGAAUUGCUGAUCAACACCUACGAUAAUCGGCUAGAUAAUGUGGAUGUCUACGUCGGAGGCAUGCUGGAGUCCGAUGGAAGACCCGGCGAACUGUUUUCGGCAGUCAUUAUCGAUCAAUUUACCCGAAUCCGAGACGCCGAUCGCUUUUGGUUUGAGAAUGAAGACAAUGGAAUUUUCACCAAGGAGGAAAUAGCCGAAAUUCGCAAAUUCACACUGUGGGACAUUAUCGUCAAUAGUACGGAUAUUGAAUCUGAUGAAAUCCAGCGCGAUGUGUUCCACUGGAAGCAGGGCGAUCCAUGUCCACAGCCAGAGCAACUGAACGCCACUCUACUGGAGCCGUGUAACUAUCUGGAGGGGUACGAUUACUUCUCCGGAUCAGAGCUGGCGUACAUAUACUCGUGUGUCUUCUUGGGUUUCGUGCCCAUCCUGUGCGCGGGUGCAGGAUACUGCGUGAUCAAGCUGCAGAACAGCCGACGUCGUAAGCUGAAAAUCAAACAAGAAGCGAUGAAGAACACUGCCAACAGCAAGGUGUCGGUAGAGAAGAGUGUUGCCCGCGAGUGGCUGCACGCGAACCAUAAACGGUUGGUGACGGUAAAGUUUGGUCCGGAAGCCGCGAUCUACACCGUAGAUCGAAAGGGAGAGAAAUUGCGCACCUUUAACCUGAAACAUGUCGAUGUGGUCACGGUGGAGCAGUCGCAGGAGAACUACAAAGCGAAGAAGCCGUACAUUCUUCUGCGUGUGCCCAAUGAUCACGAUCUAGUACUGGAGUUGGAGUCUAACUCGGCACGCCGAAAGUUCGUCAAGAAGCUGGAAGACUUCCUUGUGCUGCACAAGAAGGCUAUGACUUUCGUGGAAUCGAACCGAGACUUGAUGCUGGCCAAGGCGGAAACUCGUGAACGUCGUCAGAAGCGAUUGGAGCACUUCUUCCGUGAAGCAUAUGCGCUGACUUUCGGAUUACGCCCAGGUGAACGACGACGUCGAUCGGACGCUUCGCUGGAUGGUGAAGUGAUGACGGUGAUGCGCACUAGCUUAUCGAAGUCGGAGUUUGCGGCAGCACUUGGCAUGAAACCGGACGAUAUGUUCGUGCGUAAGAUGUUCAACAUAGUCGACAAGGACAAGGACGGAAGAAUAUCAUUCCAGGAAUUCUUGGAGACAGUGGUGUUGUUUUCACGUGGCAAAACCGACGAUAAGCUCAGAAUCAUUUUUGAUAUGUGCGAUAACGAUCGUAAUGGAGUGAUCGAUAAGGGAGAGCUUAGUGAAAUGAUGCGAUCACUUGUGGAGAUUGCCCGAACAACGAGCGUCACCGACGAUCAAGUAAACGAGCUAAUCGAUGGCAUGUUCCAGGAUGUUGGACUUGAGCACAAGAAUCAUCUGACGUACGAGGACUUCAAGCUUAUGAUGAAGGAAUACAAGGGAGAUUUUGUGGCGAUUGGUUUAGAUUGCAAGGGUGCAAAGCAGAACUUCCUCGACACGUCCACUAACGUUGCUCGUAUGACUUCGUUCCACAUUGAACCGAUUUCGGAUUCACGGCGCCACUGGAUGCAGGAAAAAUGGGAUGCCUACACGACCUUCCUGGAGGAGAAUCGUCAAAACAUAUUCUACCUCUUCCUGUUCUACGUCAUCACUAUUGUGCUAUUUGUGGAGCGAUUUAUUCAUUACUCAUUCAUGGCGGAACAUACCGAUCUUCGGCACAUCAUGGGCGUUGGAAUUGCAAUUACGCGAGGUUCUGCUGCAUCGCUGUCGUUCUGCUACUCACUGCUGCUACUUACCAUGUCGAGGAAUUUACUCACCAAACUGAAGGAAUUCCCCAUCCAGCAAUACAUUCCGCUUGAUUCGCACAUUCAAUUCCACAAGAUCGCGGCCUGCACGGCGUUGUUCUUCUCGCUGCUGCAUACCGUCGGACACAUCGUCAACUUUUACCACGUUUCCACGCAGUCGAUCGAAAAUCUGAAAUGUCUCACGAAAGAAGUCCACUUCACGUCUGACUAUCGGCCCGACAUUACGUACUGGUUAUUCCAAACCGUCACGGGUGUGACCGGAGUGAUGUUGUUCGUCACGAUGUGCAUCAUUUUCGCCUUCGCACAUCCAACAAUCCGCAAGAAGGCGUACAAAUUCUUCUGGAACGCACAUUCGCUGUACGUCGUGUUGUACGCGCUGUGUCUCAUUCACGGGCUGGCACGAUUGACCGGUGCUCCAAGGUUCUGGUUGUUCUUCAUCGGACCCGGAAUAGUCUACACGUUGGAUAAGAUCGUCUCUCUGCGCACGAAAUACAUGGCGCUGGAUGUCAUCGAGACGGACCUGCUGCCAUCGGAUGUGAUCAAGAUCAAGUUCUAUCGUCCACCCAACCUGAAGUACCUGUCCGGCCAGUGGGUGCGGCUUUCUUGUACGGAAAUAAAGCCUGAGGAAAUGCACAGCUUCACAUUGACGUCGGCUCCACACGAGAACUUCCUCAGCUGUCACAUCAAGGCGCAGGGACCGUGGACAUGGAAGCUGCGUAAUUACUUUGACCCGUGCAAUUACAAUCCGGAUGAUCAGCCGAAGAUCCGCAUCGAAGGACCGUUCGGUGGAGGAAACCAGGAUUGGUACAAGUUUGAAGUGGCGGUCAUGGUUGGUGGCGGAAUCGGUGUCACACCGUACGCUUCGAUUCUGAACGAUCUCGUGUUCGGUACCAGCACCAACCGCUACUCGGGUGUAGCCUGUAAGAAGGUGUACUUCCUUUGGAUCUGCCCAUCGCACAAGCAUUUCGAGUGGUUCAUCGACGUGCUGCGAGACGUCGAGAAGAAAGAUGUCACGAACGUACUGGAGAUUCACAUCUUCAUCACGCAGUUUUUCCAUAAGUUCGAUCUUCGAACUACCAUGCUGUAUAUUUGCGAAAAUCAUUUCCAACGUCUUUCGAAGACGUCCAUGUUCACUGGAUUGAAAGCAGUCAACCAUUUUGGACGUCCCGAUAUGUCCAGUUUUCUGAAAUUUGUGCAAAAGAAACACUCUUACGUAUCGAAAAUCGGUGUUUUCUCUUGCGGACCGCGUCCACUCACCAAAAGUGUCAUGUCGGCGUGUGAUGAAGUUAACAAGAGCCGUAAAUGGCCAUACUUUAUACAUCAUUUUGAGAACUUCGGCUGAUCGUCGGGAG